CCGCGCCGCGGUUAUUAAUGUUAAUGAAUUCAUUACAAAUUUUGCAUUCAAGAUUGUUUACAUACAAAUUAGUACACUCGUAAAUACUUUUGAGAUAAUAAUUUGCACCCAGCCAAAUACUCGUAUCUACGUAAGUUUUCGAUGCACAAGACAAUAUCGUAAAUAUAUCUCGUGUCGACGGCACCGCUGAAGCUUCAUAAGUGGAUAUGGAUUACAUAACGUAUAGUGUAGCAUUGCAUACGACAUAGGUGAGGUACUUGAGUAUACUGCAUUUCCAACUUAACCCUUCUCAGUUGGAUUUCAUUUCGUAUCGGAUUGACAUUCUGAAUUAGUUUGAUUUUUUUCUUCGUGAUGAAUAUUUUGUAAGAUGUUAUUUUUGGAAUAGCUUUUUAUUCGUUCAGUUUUUCGGAUAGAAUCGAUCAAUUUUUCAAAAAUGAUUCCGCCUAUUGUGAUUUGUAUUUUUUUAAUUUUUAUAAUAUGCAUGUUAUUAUUGAUCUCUGCUAAACGGCCAAAGAAAUAUCCUCCAGGACCAAUAUUUUUACCGGUUAUUGGUAGCAUUUACUCGGUUCCUGGGCAAGCUGCUCAUUUUGAAAUAGAUAAAUGGAGGAAAAAAUAUGGAAACAUAAUCGGUCACAAGUAUGGUCCAUCGUACGAGAUUUACGUCACCGGUACAGAGGAAUCACUGGCAGCCAUGAAACAUCCGAAUUUCCAAGGAAGAAAAAUUUUCCAGCAUAGGAAUUCUGGCGUAAAACGAGGUUUGUUUUUCAACGAUGGAUCGAAUUGGGCAGCAGUAAAACGCUUCACUCUGAAUUAUUUUAGCGAGUAUCAAAAAGUCAAAAUUAAAGACAUAAUGGCCGACGAAAUGAAUCAGUUGUUUUCCAGCAUUGUUCCUGAUACCAUUGUAGAAUUGAAUUAUAAAUUUUUUCCUAUCGCCGUUAACGUAUUAAUGAAGCUUUUAUCCAGCAUCACUAACACUAGAGAUUCCACAUUCGAUUAUAUAUUGACGCAUACUUAUAAAUCUCUGCAUGAAACACGGCCGACUGGAAUUGAAAAUUAUUUUCCUUUUAUCAGGAAACUUUUUUUCCCAAAAGAUACCAGCAUUCAUUUUGUGCAUAACUGUAUUAGGAAAUCGAUCAACGAGCACCGAGCGACUUUAGAUAAAGAUCACCCGAGAGAUUAUAUUGAUGCAUUUUUAAUCGAGCAAGAAAAUCGAAAAGCACAAGGCGAAGAUAACGUAUUCACAGAUGAAGAAUUACUUAGCGAUUGUUACGAUCUAGUACGAGCUGGAAGUGUUUCCACAGCUGAUGCGAUUGCUUUGGUGAUGCUGUAUCUUGUCAUACAUCCUAAAGAGCAGAAUAAAAUGUGCAAAGAAAUCGACGCUAAUAUUGGAAGGGAUACGUCGCCCAGUCUGGAUGAUAAGUAUAAACUGCCCUAUUGUGAAGCUGUAAUAGCAGAAAGUCUUCGUAUAAGUCCCAUCGUACCCUUUACAGCUCCUCAUCGAGCAACUGAAGAUACAGAAUUCUACGGAUACAUUAUUCCUCGCAAUACCGUUGUGAAAGUUUCCUUGUGGACGUUAUUUAGAGAUCCGCAACUAUGGGAUGAUCCAGAAACCUUCAAGCCAGACAGAUUCAUAAUAAACGGAGAAUUUGUUAGAUACCCUCAUCAUUUGCCAUUCGGAUUAGGUAAACGAUCUUGUUUGAUGGAAGUUAUGGCGAGAAAUAUGAUAUUCCUGUACGUUGUAUCGUUUUUUCAAAAAUAUUCCCUACAUCAACCCUACGGAGAACCGUAUCCAUCUACUGAUUCAGUUCAAGGAUCUGUGACGGGACCACAACCGUUCAAAGUAUUGAUUAAAUGUCGAAAAUAAUGAAUAAUUUGGAUUCAGUUUCGCAACUGUUUUUAUUUAUACGAAAGUCCAUUUAUAGAUGAUAAUUUUUUAAGCAAUAAUAAACUUUAAAAAUGUAAAA